AUGGCGAGCUCAGCUCUUUGCGUCCCCAACAGCGGCGCGCGUCGGGGGCUCCCAUUACUCUUCGUUCAGGCUGGUGCUUCCAGCCCGCUGCCAAAGCCCCCGGGCCGAGCCCGGCAGCCCCCGGGCCGAGCCCGGCAGCCCCCGGGCCGAGCCCGGCAGCCCCCGGGCCGAGCCCGGCAGCCCCCGGGCCGAGCCCGGCAGCCCCCGGGCCGAGCCCGGCAGCCCCCGGGCCGAGCCCGGCAGCCCCCGGGCCGAGCCCGGCAGCCCCCGGGCCGAGCCCGGCAGCCCCCCAGGCCCGCCCGGCCCCGCAGCCCCUCAGGCCCUCAGGCCCGCAGCCCCUCAGGCCCGCAGCCCCUCAGGCCCUCAGCCCCUCCACGCGUACCGCUGAGGGCAGUCCCGCCGCGGGCAGGAGCCGGCAGCUCCCGCGGCGCUGGCUCCGGGUACCUCGCAGCACAGGUCUGGAAGCAGGCGAGUCCCCGCUCGCCCACAGGCGCUGACCGUCCUCCGCUCCCUGCUCUCCCGAAAAUCAACGCACCUGCCCCGGUAGCACGGCUUUAA